UUCUGGAUCCAAACUGAUAUAUAUUUCGGCCCACCAAUUCCUUAGUUGUACCCAUCGCAGGGCUUCUACCCCUUUCCAUCGGCGUGAACUUUCCAUCUCUCCGGCGAACUCCUCUGUGAUCUCUUUCUCCGGCAAAAUCAGAUUUUAACAGCAAAGGUCGCCCUGUCAAGCAUGGGGAAAACAACCUCUCGUGGAGAUGCAGCCAGUCGAGCUGAACGUAAAUUCGAAAAGAAGCUGGAGUUCUAUUCUAAGGUUAGACAGACAGUUGCUUCGUUAUCUACCCAGAAGGCUAUUGCUAAGAAGAAGAAAGUAAGAAGCAGGACAAAGAAAUUGAAGGCUUAUGAUCUUUCUACACUUACAGAGUUUCUCCCCGAGUUGAAAGCCUCUCAGCAACCAAAACCUGUAGAGUUCAAGUUGAAAAGUAAAACUAGGAAAAAUUUAGUGUUGAAGGAAGGCAAUCAAUUACAAGCAGUUAUUAAUCAUCCUGCUUUCCAGUCAGAUCCAUUAGGUGCCAUUCAUCAACAUCUGCAAAGCACACAGCCUACUGUGGAUGAAAAGCCAAAAAUAAGAGAAAAUAAAAAUGGAAAUAGGAAAGGAAAAAAGAAAUCUAAAGCGUCAGCCGGGCUACAGUCGAUGGAGAUCUAAUGUGCUCUUAAACUUUUUCUUUUCGUUUUUUCUGCAUCUCCUGGCAAGGAAAUACCCCAUUUUGGUUUGUUGGUCUGUGUUCGUAUUGCUAUGUUGUGAAUAGGGCCACAGUAAGGGGAGUUGGCAAAUUACUUUUGGGAUCCUGGUUAAGAGCAUGAGAGAUAGCUAUAAGUAGAAGGUGCAGAUAUUCCAUUAGGGCUAUGCUAAGGCUUGUGUUAUUUCCUUUUCAUUAGUUUUUUUUUUUUGUAAUAGUAAUCUUGAACCUCUGUUUUCUAUUUUCCUUUUGCUCUUUGGUUACUAAAGUUGAUCUGUUGAUGAACAAUUUGCUUGUAAGUUCCUUUUAUUGAUCAAUACAAAGCACACUUUGUUA